AUAAAUGUGAUCAAUAGACAAGAGCGGUUUUUGACUAUCGGAAAAUGAAUCGAUUUUCCCUGGUUGGCUGUUUCAUAUUUCACAUUUUAUUGACGGUCGACGCAUCGAGCGACCUAGAAGUGAAAACACCAUUUGGAAUUUUAAAAGGAGACGACCGUGGCUGGUUCACUGCAUUCGAAGGGAUACCCUAUGCAGAGCCACCGAUCAAUGAGAGGCGAUUCGAGCCUCCUGUGCCAUUUCAAUCGAACUGGCAAGGCGUUCGUGAUGCAACCGAACCGGGAAAUCCAUGCUUACAGUGGAGUCAUUUUCUUUUAGACCAAGACGACAAAUUCCUUGGAGACGAAGAUUGCUUGUUCCUGAACGUUUACAGACUGAACAAUAUCACAAACAAUCAGAUGGUUCCAGUGAUUUUUCACAUCCAUGGCGGAGCAUUCGUUUUUGGGCAUGGCGACGACUGGGGCCCAAAGUUCAUUACGACUCGUCAGAUGAUCUUAGUCAACAUCAAUUAUCGUCUCGGUCCAUUAGGAUUCCUAUCUUCCAGUGAUGCCUUAAUACCGGGAAACAUGGGCAUGAAGGACCAAGCAACGGCUAUGAAAUGGGUUAAAGACAAUAUUGCAGCGUUCGGUGGCGAUCCCAAUCGUAUCACAAUAACCGGUUUCUCGGCAGGUGGGGCGAGCGUUAAUCUACACUAUAUGAGUGACUGGUCGAAAGACUUAUUCCAAAACGGAAUAUCUCACAGUGGCAGUGCGUUGGAUUGCUGGGUAAUGCAGCACAAUACCGAGGAGAAAUUUCAGACUGUUGCGGCAAUUGUUGGUUGCUCGAAUUCGGAUCGGGCGAAAAUCGUUGAUUGUCUGAAGAAAAAGCCUGCCAAAGACAUUGUGCAUACGGUCAAGGAUCUGCAACCAUUUUUGUACAAUCCAUAUGAUCCGUUUGGUGUUGUCCCCGAACCGAUGAAGCAAAAUGGGAUUCCGUUUAUCAGUGACCAUCCAUCGAACUACAUGAAGGCUGGUAAAUUACAGAAAAAGCCCUGGCUAAUAACGGAAACGAAAGACGAAGGCCUGUAUCCGGUGGCUGAAUUCUUGCGACGCCCCGAGUAUCUACCGUUCAUCGAUAAAAAUUGGAACUUAGUUGGGCCGAACUUGUUACAUUACAAUCGAACGGUUCCUCUUGACAAGAUGAACGAUGUGUCCGACAUGAUUCGGAAGCACUACAUUGGCAAUGAUCCGAUUAACGAGAAAUCAUACAAACGCUUUUGUGACAUAUCUAGCGACAGACUAUUCCAUAUCGGCGCUGACAAAACUGUUCGCAUGGUGGGAAAACACAUCCCCGUUUACAUGUAUUACUAUACGUUUAAGAACAGCUACGCAUUGGCCGAAAUAUUUUCCGGAAAAGUUUCCGAUCUUUUAGGUGUGUCUCACGGUGACGACGUUUUGCUUGUAUACUCCGCCGAGCCGGCUCUUCAUGAUUUACCUGAAGGCGAACGACUGAUGCAGACGUACCUUUUAGACAUGUAUGAGAGCUACACGGCAACAGGUGAGCCGACCUUCAAAGGAGUUCCGAUGAUGCGAGCUACAGACGAAAACGUUCUCGUAUACACGCAGAUUGACGGGCCGAAUGAAGUAACAGUUAAAAAGGACGAUAACUUUGGAGAUCAUAAAUUUUGGGAUAUGAUCGACUUUGAUGAACCUUGAACUAUGACAAAGAUUCGGCUUUAAUUGAAUUGGUUUUCCGUGUAGGUUAAUAUAGGAGUUACAUUGUAAGAACCAGGUAGUAAAAUCAGGCAUAUUAUUCAAAUAAACCACUCAAAAGG